CUCCCGGUGCACCGGCGGCUCGGCUCAGGGGUCAGCUGUGAUGAUGAUGGAGAUGAUGAUGGCGGAGCGCAUGGCUGCCCGGUUGUCCGCUCAGGAGCAGCAGAUCGCGGCGCUGACUUUGGAGAUCGGGCUGCUGCGGGACGGGCUCACCGGCGGCGGGUUCAGCGCUCUGGCAGGAGGGCCGAACCUGGAGGCGCUGCGGUCCGAGAACGAGAAGCUCCGGUACCGAAUACUGCACCUGCGCCGCGGCCUGCUGGAGGAGCAGAGGAGCCCGGAAAUCCAGAACCAGAAACAGGAGAGCCAGAAGCAGCAGAGCCAGAAGCAGCAGAGCCGGGCACAGAAGAGUUCAGGAUGCAGAGCAGCAGAUGAUAAUGUGCAAAUCAGGAAGCAGGAGAAGCUGAAGUCUGCAGGAGAGCUCAAGUCAUGGCCUAGUUUCGUGUCUGCUCGUCUGAAUCUGUACGAGCGGCUGAAGAAGGAGAGCGAGGCGCUGCUGGAGGAGCGGGCGGCCAGCGGGAGAUCCAUCACUGUUCAGAUGCAGGACGGACAAACACUGAGCGCCACAGCCUGGGUCAGCAACCCGUACCAGCUGGCCUACAGCAUCAGUCCGGCUCUGGCUGAGAACAGUGUGAUUGCACGUGUGAAUGGAGAGCUGUGGGAUCUGGAGCGGCCGCUGGAGGUAGACUGCAGUCUGGAGCUGCUGCGCUUCGACCAUGAGGAUGCUCAGAGUGUGUAUUGGCACUCCAGUGCUCAUGUUCUGGGUGAGGCGAUGGAGAGUUUCUAUGGCGGCUGCUUGUGUUACGGGCCGCCCAUCGACAACGGCUUCUACUACGACAUGUUCCUCGACGGACACAAAGCAGUGUCGAGCACAGAGUUCUCUGAUCUGGAGCUGAUCUGCAGGAACAUCAUGAAGGAGAAACAGCCGUUCGAGAGGCUGGAGGUCAAGAAGGAGACGCUGCUAGAAAUGUUCAAGUACAACAAGUUCAAGUGUCGAAUCCUGAAUGAGAAAGUGACGACUGACACCACCACUGUUUACAGGUGUGGUCCUCUGAUAGAUCUGUGUCGUGGUCCUCAUGUCAGACACACUGGAAAAAUCAAGGCCUUCAAGAUCUACAAGAACUCCUCCACGUAUUGGGAAGGCCGCUCAGACAUGGAGACCCUCCAGCGCAUCUACGGUAUUUCUUUUCCCGACAGUAAAAUGCUGAAGGAAUGGGAACGAUUUCAGGAGGAGGCCAAAAACAGGGACCAUCGCAAGAUUGGGAAGGAUCAGGAGCUGUUCUUCUUCCAUGAUCUGAGUCCUGGAAGCUGCUUCUUUCUGCCGCGCGGAGCUUUCAUUUACAACACACUGAUGGACUUCAUCAGGGGUGAGUACAGCCAACGGGGCUUUCAGGAGGUGGCGACCCCGAACAUCUACAACAGCCGCCUGUGGGAGACGUCAGGACACUGGCAGCUCUACACACACUCCAUGUUCAGCUUCCCUGUGGAGCUCGACGUGUUCGCACUCAAGCCCAUGAACUGCCCUGGACACUGUCUGAUGUUCGCCCACCGUCCGCGCUCUUGGCGUGAGCUCCCUCUGCGAUUGGCUGAUUUCGGAGUUCUGCACCGCAACGAACUUUCGGGAACGCUGACGGGUCUGACGAGGGUCCGACGCUUCCAGCAGGACGACGCACACAUAUUCUGCACUCUUGAUCAGAUCGGCUCUGAGAUGAAGGGUUGUCUGGAUUUUCUGCGCUCCGUCUACUCCGUCUUCGGCUUCUCCUUCCAGCUCCAUCUGUCCACGCGGCCGCAGAAGUUUCUGGGGGACGAGGCGGUCUGGAAUCAGGCUGAGAAGCAACUGGAGAACAGCCUGAACGAGUUUGGAGAGCCGUGGAAACUCAAUCCUGGAGACGGAGCUUUCUACGGACCCAAGAUCGACAUCAAUAUUAAAGACGCGAUCGGCCGCUAUCACCAGUGCGCCACCAUUCAGCUGGACUUCCAGCUGCCCAUACGAUUCAAUCUGACAUAUGUGGGGAAGGACGGGGAUGACCGGGACCGACCGGUGAUCAUCCACCGCGCCAUCUUGGGCUCCGUGGAGAGAAUGAUUGCUAUCCUCACUGAGAACUACGCCGGAAAGUGGCCACUCUGGCUCUCUCCACGUCAGAUGAUGUUAGUUCCAGUUAACCCGUCUCUUGAAGAAUACGCCAAACAGGUCUGCAAGCAGUUUGUUGAAGCUGGUUUUAUGGCUGACGCUGAUUUGGAUUCUGGUUGCCUUCUGAACAAGAAGAUUCGUAACGCGCAGCUGGCGCAAUAUAACUUCAUCCUGGUGGUGGGAGAAAAGGAGCGUCUCAGCAACAGUGUGAACGUGCGCACCAGAGACAACAAAGUUCACGGAGAGCUGCCGGUUCUGGAGGUGAUGGAGAGAUUAAUGCUGCUCAGACGCUCACAGUGCAGGAACGCAGAAGAUGACUUCUGAUGGAGAUGAAGAUGAGGAAGAAUAUUAUGAUGAUAAAGAUGAAGAAUGAGGAUGAAGAUCUAAGGAGAAGUAAAGCCGCGUUGAAUGAUUUGGAGGAUGUUGAAUUGGCUGUCUCUUUCGUGUUAGGGAUUAGAAUAUAUCCAGGAGGUUGUUAUCUCAGAAUAAAGCACAACAGGUUUAUCAGCAGCCUGAAGAAAAAUUAUUCUGUGAAAACAACUCUCCUGGGUGUACUUUAUCCUGCUUAUUACACAAAACAUGGUUCUGUGCCAUAAUAGCAGAUUAAUUCUUCAAUUAAACGCAACGCUGACAGAAACAGCUGAUGGAGUAUACACUAACCUGUGCAUUAUUCAGACACUAGAUGGAGACAAACAGACUAAAACAGCUGAUGGAGUAUACACUAACCUGUGCAUUAUUCAGACACUAGAUGGAGACAAACAGACUAAAACAGCUGAUGGAGUAUACACUAACCUGUGCAUUAUUCAGACACUAGAUGGAGACAAACAGACUAAAACAGCUGAUGGAGUAUACACUAACCUGCACAUUAUUCAGACACUAGAUGGAGACAAACAGUCAAAAACACAAAGCUGACAGAAACAGCGGAUGGAGUAUACACUAACCUGCGCAUUAUUCAGACACUAGAUGGCGCCAGAUACAUAUGAUUAUGGAUGUCAGCAUAUGGAUGUGUAUGUACAUUCACUAACAGUCAAGAUGAUUCUCAGUUCCUGCAUGAGUCUGUAUUAUUCAGAGGUUGUUAUCUGUAAUGUCGUAACUGACCAAUCAGAACCCAGUAUUCCAGACAGCCGUGUAAUAAGACGUGUUAAAGUGUGUCUAAGUGUGGAAAAAUGGAAAUAAAGUCUGUGAAGGAAUAA